CAACACUUCACUAUUUCUCCUUUCUCAGCUGCUUUCACCAUUUUCUCUUUUUCUCCUCCAUCAAUCUUUCUCACGGUUUUCUAGGGUUUUAUAUAUGCUUUCCUCUUCAUCCAUGUCAUCGUCUUCGUUAUCUGCUAGAUUUUGCUUCAACCACGAAUGUUUUGAGUUCAAACUCGACCAUUGCCGUCCUGGUUGGCGUCUCCGUUCUGGCGAUUUCGUCGACCUCUGUGAUCGUUGCGCCUCUGCGUAUGAACAAGGAAAGUUUUGUGACGUAUUUCACCAAAGGGCUUCUGGAUGGAGGUGUUGUGAGUCAUGUGGAAAGCGAAUUCAUUGUGGAUGUAUUGCGUCUGCUUCUGCUUAUACGUUAAUGGAUGCUGGAGGAAUUGAGUGUUUGGCUUGCGCAAGAAAAAAGUUUGCUUUGGGACCCAAUUUUUCGCCAUCACCGUCCUUUCUUUUCCAGUCUCCAAUUUCUGAGAAAUUCAAGGACUUGUCGAUCAACUGGAGUUCUUCAACUAGAUCAAAUCAGAUAAGCUACCAGCCUCCUAGUUGUUUAGAUCCUUCAGUUCUGCAGUUUGAUUUUCGUAAUCGUGGAGGUAAUAAUGAAUUUAGUCAACCUGCUUCUAAAGAAAGGGUCACUGCAUGUACCAUGGAGAAAAAAAGGGGAAUGAAUGACAUGAUAGGGAAAUUAAUGAGUGAAAACUCGAAACAUUAUAGAGUAUCUCCUUUUCCAAAUGUCAAUGUAUAUCACCCACUGAUCUCACUAAAGGAGGGUCCAUGUGGGACACAGCUUGCGUUUCCUGUGCCAAUUACAACACCAAUUGAGAAAACUGGUCACUCUAGACUAGAUGGAAGUAAUUUAUGGCACACACGUAAUUCUUCUCCGCUAAGUCGCUUACACAAUGACUUGAAUGGUGGAGCAGACUCGCCAUUCGAAAGCAAAAGUCGUAAUGUGAUGGCUCAUCUUGAGACGCCAGGAAAAUAUCAGGUGGUUCCACGAUUUUGGCCCAAGGUUUCAUAUAAAAACCAAGUUCUGCAGAAUCAAUCAAAAGAAUCUGAAUCCGUUGUCACUCCUCUCUUUGAGAAGAUCCUGAGUGCAACUGAUACUGGAAAGCGGCUGGUCCUGCCAAAGAAAUAUGCAGAGGCUUUCUUGCCCCAACUUUCCCACACCAAAGGUGUGCCUCUCACAGUACAGGACCCAAUGGGUAAAGAGUGGAGAUUUCAGUUUCGCUUUUGGCCCAGCAGCAAAGGCAGAAUAUAUGUUCUAGAGGGAGUAACUCCAUUCAUACAGACCUUGCAGUUGCAGGCUGGUGAUACAGUCAUAUUCAGUCGAUUAGAUCCAGAAAGGAAGUUAAUUUUGGGAUUCAGAAAGGCUUCGAUUACUCAAUCGUCUGAUCAGGCUGAUCCGGCUGAUAUGCAUUCACCGUUUGAAGUUAAGAAGUCUGCUUAUAUAACUAAAGAAACCCCAGGAGUAGAAUGUUCCUCUGGUAAGAAGAAAAGCAGCAUGAUGAUUACAAGAAGUAAACGUCAAAAAGUUGAAAAGGGAGACGACAACUUGCUGAAGCUAACAUGGGAAGAAGCUCAAGGAUUUCUCCUGCCUCCUCCCAACCUCACUCCAUCUAGAGUUGUGAUAGAGGAUUACGAGUUUGAGGAGUAUGAGUUUCAGAUCAACGUGCACUGAAGUUGAAGGACUGUUGAUAUCACCAACAACCACAAAGCACCCACGACAUAGAGAUGGCUGUACUUGCAUCAUUUGCAUACAAUCCCCAAGUGGGAUAGGUCCUAAACACGACCGAUGCUGUUCUUGUGCAGUCUGCGACACUAACAAACGCCGUAGGCGUUCCCUGUUGCUACGGAGGGAAAAGAAGCAGAUGGAGAAAGAAGACAAUGCGCGCAAGUUGCUCGAGCAACUGAAUUCUGAUAAUGGACUUCACCAAUCUGCUAACAACAGUGAGAAUCAUGAGCGUCAUGCUUCGCCUUUGAAAGUUCAAUUAGAUUUGAACUUCAAACCAGAAAAGGACGAAGAAUCUCUCCCUGGUUCUAACAAAACUACCAAGAGCGAGACUCUGCCUCAUGAUGACACAGUAAAGUCUAGCUUCACGUCACCAAGCUCAUCAAGUGCUCAUAGCCAAAAUAACAAGGAAGAUGAAGGAAAACUCAAGACAACCACAGAAAUUGCAGACACCACCACCACAAGCUCCAUGUAGAUUUUGCAGACUCUUAUAGCUGCAAGGUGAAUAGAUUAUGAUGGGAAACACCAGAAAGUUUUUGGUCAAUCACCUUUUUAACCCCACAGGCUUUUGCGCAUUUUGUAGAUAAAUGGGCAAGUUCUUAUCCUUACUGAUGAAUUGCUCAUUCCUUUUCUUACUCGCAGCUAAUGAAAAUGGGCAAUUUUAAUCU